GAUGCUGGUUGGUAUAGUCCACACGAAAAUGUGUGUGCACUCGCUGUAUAUUCACAUCCAUGGUGACAUAUUGGAUAAACAGGUAUAGUCACAGAUGCGUUUGUGUGAAAAGUAACAAAUAUCUGUUGUGCUGUACCAUUGGCAUCCCUAAGUAGGUGUCCGAUCAUUCAAAUGUUGUGUUAUGUGAUGUGUGAGGCAGCGCAGCAUCGGGGAAAAUAAUUUUGGCGAGCCUCGUUUUCUUCGCAGACGCAGACAGUGAGUGGACUUGAAUCAAAAAUACUGCAUACCUUUGAUUUUCAGACGGAAAUCACUUUUUGCAAGCUCUCGAUACCAACCCUUUAAGUUCUCAACACCCCCUCACCCAUAUCGACAAUGUUUUCACGACCAGCUGUUAGAGCUUCGAGGAUUUGCUGCCGCUACUAUGCAAGCCCUGCCAGUACCCCUCCGCCUAUGCUCUUGAAGAUCAGGAAUGAUAUGAAAACUGCCAUGAGAAACAAAGAUAGCAAUCGACUCUCAGUCCUUCGAUCGCUUCUCAGUCAAACACUCAAUGCCUCUAAGACUUCCUCGCCUAUCAAUACCGAUAUGCAAAUGUUAGCUCUCCUCCGAAAGACUGCGAAUGCCAGUCGCGCUGCAAGUGAAGAGUUCAAGGCAGCAGGUAGAGAAGAUCUCGUUGAGAAGGAAGAACAGCAAUUGAAGGUCUUGGAAGAAUAUGCCAGUGGUGUUGAGACAGUUGGCGAGGAAGAGAUCAGAAAUACAGUCAAGGAGCUUGUCAACGCAAUGAAGGCUGAGGGGGUCAAGAUGCAAAUGGGAGAUGUCUUGAAAAGAGUGUUUGCUCCUGAAGUAUUGGGAGAAAAGAAUGUAGAAAAGGGGGAGGUCGCAAAGAUAGUAAAGGAGAUCAUGGCAGCAUCGUAAGGUUGAAGGCUUUGGCCAAUGUGUGUCUCAAUUGUAUAAAAAGAUAGCAAAUCCUCGAAGUCUCAAUAACCUUCUCAUAUCUAGACUAGAAAUCAAUCCAACUCAAUCGUCGUUACAAUGGCUGUCGGUAUUGACGUUAUGGUGUUCAAUCCAAUUGCCUUCAUUUGACA